CGGAUCUCGGCCUCCGCAAUUCGGAGCAUCUGGGGGACUGGGCCACGCCGAGAUCCGUCCGAGCAAAACUAUGCUUCGAUCCCCAGAUCCCAAGCCUCCUGAGAUCAGCCUUGGAAGCCUUCGAGGGGCGGAAGUCGCCCACGCGGGGGCUAGGAUGGCCUUGCCAUUGCGGGCCAUGCUCCGGGCUAAGGCCAACUGGAGAACGGGGCCGUGGAGGAUGUGUCGGUGCGAGGCUCUUUCUCGAAGCCUGGCUUUGGCACCUCGAAGCGUCUCCAGUCGUUGCUACAGCGGCCCAAGCAAGCCAGAGGCCACGCGAACCGACGAGGGCUCCAAGCUUCCGCGGCUUCGACCCUCGUGUCACGUGCCGAGUGGUGCGAGCCCAGGCCACCGGAAGAAGGAUGCCCCGAUAGAGCCUCUGAUGGCGGAUGCUCGGAUCUUCCUCAUCGCGGGGGCGCUGCUCUGCUUCGGGGGGAGCCUCUACUCCGUCUAUGUGGCCGUGACUCACGACCCCAACCGCAAAGAGGAUCGGCCAAUCCUGAAGCGAGGGGAAUACAUAGGUGGUGCCAGCAUCGUUGGCGCCCUGGUGAUGACCUACGUGAUCUUGAGAAGAUGAGAGCGGAGAUUCGCAUCGCGUGACCAGCGGAGAAGAGCCAGCCCUGGAGAUGGGGGUGGAUUCGUGCCCGUGGAGCGAAAACGACGGGUUGAGCACGAAGCGCGAAGGAGGUAGGAUGAGAUUGAAGGAACCCUUGAAGGUUUCAGGCUGCUUUCCUUUUACCAGUGGGUGACCAUCAACUUUGGUGUCGGUGUGUAGCUGCCAGGAUGAGCG